AUGUGGCUAUCUGAGUCGCAAACAUUGGGAAAUGUUCUAUUUCUAGUCGGGGUAUUACUGAUCAUUGGACCUCAAAAGACCUAUAUCUUCUUCACACGACCAAACAAGAGACGUGGAUCGUUCUUUUUGGUACUGGGCGUGUUAUUAAUUCUUUCUAAAUGGACCUUUAUUGGGUUCUUGAUCGAAUCCCUUGGCAUCAUAGGUCUAUUUGGCGAUUUCUUCGGGGUAGCAGUGCAAUUUCUCAGAUCUUUACCCAUCGUGGGACCAAUCCUAUCACACCCAGCAGUAGCACCCGUUGUAGAUAGACUUGCCGGUAUCAGAGUGCUACCAGUAUAA